AAGAAAUACGUUGGCAUCAGAAAUGUAAUACUUGCAACGUCACCCGUGGAUACAAUCGGCUCUGUUGAUUUGUUCUCGACUACAAGAAGCUCUCGGAGUAGUCUAUCUUCUCGAAUCGCCUCUAGAUCUCCUGGCAGCCCUACAGACAAUGUAUGUGGCUCAUAGCGUAACUCCUCCUGUGUCGCAAUGCCCGACUUGGUUGAACAAAAGCUUCACUUCGGCGUUGUUUUACUAUAUUAGGAUGUGGAUCUUUGUUCUGUCGCUGGCACAAACGGCUAUAGCUAAUCCAGCUAAUGCCACCAUUCAUAGUAGUCGAUUCUCCGACACUUUUUGGCAUUAUGUGAAUUUUUGGCGUACCGUGACUCUUAAGCCACCACUUCAUUGUCUUGUCUCGGGCGCUCAUUUUGAAAUGACCUAUGGGGCUUUAAAUUGGACGACAGGAAUUUACAAAAGUUAUCUCUUUUUCUCUCAUAUCUCCACCAUGGCUCCCACUGAAAUUUCGGGUGUAAACGUUCCGUUGUUUACAGGCCCUUUGGUUUUGGGGUAUAUGUGGGGUUAUUGCCUCUACGGCGUCCUCCUCAUCCAAAUAUAUAUCUAUCUAACUCACUCUCGUUUCCCUACUGACAAGCUGGGCCUCAAGAUCCUGGUUUGGACGCUGUUUACUCUCGAAACUGCAUUCGUUUUUAUCUCCACUAUCACUGCAUGGAACACCUUUGGUUGGGGAUGGGGUGACACUCAUACACUUUUUUUUCUUGGUACGAGCUUUGGAGCUCUGCCUGUUCUAAGCGGCAUCAUUUCUUGGAUGACUCAAAACUUCUACCUAUGGCGAAUCUGGACUCUAACGAAGCGGAACCUUAUGAUCAUCGUUGGCGUUGAGGCUGUUUCCCUCGCCCAAUGCAUUUUCGCAGUAUACUACGGCAUAACGUUGGCGUUGCAUGGAGGCAGUGUAGAUGAGAUGAUAAUAUUGAGCCCGUUCAGGAUUGCUUGGUUAAUAGGCUGCGCCUUGUGCGAUAUCCUGAUUACGAUUACCGUGGUGAUGACUCUCCGCGCACAGAAGGAUACGUCUUUCAAAUUUAGCUCCAAGAAAAUAAACCGGUCGAUACGAUAUUCUGCGGAAACAGGUGCUAUUACUACAGUCAUGGCUGUCACCGAAUUCGUUGCCUACGUGGCCGCGAAACAUCACACGUUCCAUCUAAUGCUCUUUCUCAUGUUGAGCGAGGUGUAUAUUUGCUCCCUUGUAGCAACACUGAACGCCCGAGAACCCAACUCUGCCAACAACAAAAAGGAAAACUUCUAUAUUCCUUCCCCCCCGGACCCUUCUCUUUUUCGGAACGAUCGGACUGAUUCAUCGAGGCACAACGGAGGUAAAGGGCAUGAGGCCAUUGCCUUGCCGAAUGUGAAAAUUUCAGCCCCGAAUCGAAAUGGAAGUUAUGUCUGAGGUGAUGGUAUCGCAGCUCGCUAACUGGAUUAGCUAGUGCUUACUUUCUCUUGGUAUGCACCUGAAUCGGCGACAAUAAGUAGCGUAUUGGAUGCUUCUAGUCUGCAAUGCCGAAUUCGAUGCUGAAAGAACUAUUGGUGACCACCAUA